GUUUUAUUAACAUUUUUAAUGAUCACACAUUAUUCAAAAGUAGUAUGAAUCAAAUCUAACUAGAAAUAAUAAAAAAUCAUUUUUAUAAUUUAUACAUUAUAGUGCCUUAUUACGUUAUAACUAAUUGAAGAAGAGGUUUAUGAAUAUUGGAGAAAAUAUUUGUUUUCAUAUUUUUUAAUAACCUUUGAUGUAUGCACCAAGUAUAUUUCUAAAUUUUUUUAUCUCAAAUUGGUAUGGUCAUUAAUAUUAAACUUCAAACGGUAUCGAGUUGAAAGAUAAAAGAAAUCUUAUGUCAUGAUAGGAAUUUUCACAAUAAAAUCAUAAUCAAAAAACAAAUAAAUUUCUCAACUAAUUAAUGAAAUAUCUACUAUCAUCUAUGUAUAAAGAUAAACCAGUAUCUCUCUCUUCAAGAACUGUUGUUUUCAUGUGUGCGUGCCCAUUUAGUUAGUGUUUUAUAUAGAAGUAGAUGGAUCACACGGAUUAAUCACACAUAUAGGAACCAUGCCGUUAGAAAUGAGCAAAAUGGAUGGGGAAGAGAGCCAUAUACCUAUGGUUGGAGGUAACCAUCAACCAUCAAAUGGAGAGUCAUCGAAGACACCCCAAUAUCUCUACACUUUAGCUGUAACCAUUGGAGUAUUUUGUGGAGGUGCUGUUAUUGGAUGGAGCUCACCAGCUCUUCCAGAAUUGCAGUCAGCUAAUUCUACCAUUCCACUGACCCCCAAUCAAGGAUCAUGGGUUGGAUCUCUUCUUGCCAUUGGCUCCUUCAUCGGUGCUCUUCCGGCUGGCUCUGUUGCUGAUCUCCUGGGUAGAAAGUUGACUAUAAUGAGCAUGUCUGCUCCUCUUAUGAUUUCCUGGAUCAUGAUUCACUUCGCCACAUCUGUCAAUAUUUUCUACGUGGCUCGUCUCCUCGGCGGAAUAGGACUUGGUGCUAUAUGCACAACCGUGCCGAUGUACAUUUCUGAAAUUGCAGAAGACAGUAUUAGAGGAGCACUCGGUUCUGCGUUCCAGCUGAUGCUGGUAGUAGGAAUCCUCUAUGCAUACGUCCUUGGAGCGAUUGUCCAUUAUACGAUGCUACCACUACUUUGCGGAAUCGUCAACAUCUUAUUCCUCAUUGUAUUCUUCAGGGCCCCAGAAAGCCCUCUAUGGCUGCUAAAGAAGGAUCGCAGGAAGCAAGCAGAAGAAUCACUUCGUCGCCUCAGAGGUGAGAAAUACGACAUUUACAGAGAACUUCACGCCAUGGAGAAAGAAAUAGCGAAUCAAAACUCGCAAAAGGUUCCUUUCACCAGGGCAUUGAGCAAGAGAUCGAGCAUACUCGCCAUGGUUAUUUGUCUCGGAAUGAUGUUCUUCCAACAGAUGUCAGGAAUCAAUAUAGUCGUCUUCUUCGCCGGGAGCAUCUUCAAGGACGCUGGAAGUAGUUUAGAUCCUGCCGUAGCCACCAUCUUCGUGGGAAUGUCUCAAGUGGUAUCAACCAUUAUCGCAGCUUCACUCAUCGACCGCCUCGGCCGUAAAAUCCUACUCCAAAUCUCGGCUACGGCAAUGGCAUUGUGCCUGGUCGUCCUCGGUUACUACUUCCAUUUGAAAACUAGCGGAAGCGAUGUAUCCAGCAUCGGAACAGUCCCAUUGGUCUCAGUGAUCGUGUACAUCUUGCUGUUCGCCGUCGGCUUCGGGCCCAUACCAUGGAUGAUCUCGGGGGAAGUUCUCCCACCAGAGAUCAAGGCUACUGGAACAGGUAUCGCCGUCGCUACCAACUGGUCUCUUGCGUUUACGGUUACCAAAUCCUUCCAGCCACUCCUUGAUGCUGUGGGACCCGCUAUUACUUACUGGAUCUUCGCCUGCCUCAACGUCUUCUCUUUCUUCUUUGUUACGUUUGUUGUGAUAGAAACAAAAGGAAAAAGUUUAGCCCAAGUGCAAGAAGAACUCAGUGGCAAAAGAACAAAAGUUGGGAAAACAAAUGCCUUGGUGUAAAUACUUAACUAUUUUUAAAUAACUUAUUACCUGUUUUUCCUGUGAUUUAAUUUUAAAUUAUUUAAUAUAUUUUUUUAUAAACAUUAUUUGUACACAAGUUGUGAUUUAUUAUCCGCCUAACUUAGUAACGUAGUAACAUGGUUAAGUGAAAUAUUUAUACACUCAAUUGUAAGCCUAUUGUGUGACGAGGAAGAGAAAAUUUACUAGCUCCAACCAUCCCUCCUUCUCUCUCCUCAAAUCGUCCAUUACCAAUUUUAUAUUUUUGCGAAUUUUAUACAUCUACAUUUCCAACAAUGAUCGAAAACAUUCCUUGUUAAUGAUGCUUACUUAGAGAAUAAGCUCUACACAUUGAAGAUAGGGUUUUCUUCAUUGAAUUUCCAAAUGUUUCCCAAU